UGGGGCAAAUCAAAGCAGCAAAGUCUGAUUUCUGUGUCAUGUGCUACCCAAGCAGAGCUGCCUCGCUUUGUAUCUGAAGCUUUGAGGAAGGGCUUGAGGUGAAUUCCUCUGGCAAGACCACAGUAACAUGGAAGUGGAGGCACGUGUGCUCAUGCAAAGGUUUCUACACUACAGGGAAGACUGUACCCUUCCACGGAUCACUGAGAAAUGAGAGCUUUCUUGGUAAUAACUGCAGUGGGGUGUACAAGCAGCUACUAGAAGUUUAAUUACUUCUAGUUUUCUGGUCAUAUUACAUGUUAAGAGAACUAUAAGAAGAGACAGUAAAACCUGUAUCUUAGUUCGCAGUCCCGGUCCUUGGAGAUAAGACUAAAAUUCCUUCCUUUUGGAAUAUGUCCCAAAGUUUACCAUAUACAUAUAGCUCGUUAGAGCCAUGAACAAGUUUAAGUCUUUAACACAAGUCGGGGACAAAGGUAGAACCUCAGGAGCCACAAAAUGAUUUAAUUGCUGACAAUUACCGAGACAGCGGCAUUCACAGUACAGUUUUAUUUGUCAUACUUGGCAUCAGCAGGUGAGGGAGGGGAAAUAAUCCCACGUGGUCUCAGUAAGAUUUGCUUUAUCAGGAAAUAACACCCCUGUGUUGUCCUGCUGCAUAACACAUCUGAAGCACUGCCUCUCUGGCUACUGUAACAAGGUUUUAACAAUGCCUGAAGCUGAAUGAGACUGCUGACACCCUCAGUUGUUGACUCAGACACCUCUCAGCUACCCUGAAUGACUGCUUGUCAGAUAACCUUUGUGCACAUGCAGCCCCGACACAUCUGCAUGUCAGGGAAGCUAAGCAGCGCUCCCUAAUCAGGUACACUCACUUAUUUAAAUCCACUUCAUAGGUCUGCAUGCGGGGCUUGUCCCCAGGCUUAUCAGGAUCCCAUCUGUAGAUGGAAAACUUCUUGAUACGUGAUGUAGCUGCAGCCGCCGUCUGAGCUCCUCGACAGAUCUGCAUUUGAACAGCAGCAAAACAGCCCUCAGGUCCCUCCAGAUCUACCCCUAAAGGUGCCACGUCAUUUGAUGUUCAUGCCACAUCCGCUGUCACAGUCCACAUCAUCCACAGCCCCAUGACAAAACCCAUGCUUAACUCCAGAUGGCCACUGGAUCCCGAUAUAGAGGUUGUAGUGACCAUUGGUGUCACCAGCAAGACUGUCAAUGACAAUAAGGUUAAGAUUUCAUACUACGGACGGGAAGAGAAUGAGAUUUCAGUGGCUUGGUUGUACCUCACCUGUGUAGAUAUAUCCCUGGAUGUGGACGUGAGCCGUAAUGGCAGAGUGAGGAGCAAAGGGAAGGACAAGGCCAAGUGGACAUGGGGACCAGAUGGGCAAGGGGCUGUGCUGUUGGUCAACUGUGACAAGGACAGCCCCAGCACGGUGGGGACAGACAGCAGCCAAGUGGACAUACAUACCCCUGCAGACCUGCAGGACAUGUCUGUGAUGCUGCUGCGGACUCAAGGUCCCAGCAGUAUCUUUGCUGACUACCAGCUUGUCCUUCAUGUCUCCGAGUCAGAUGCAGACAAGGUGCGGGUUUUCCAUGCUAUCCGGAGUGACUCACACCCCCGGUACAAACCCGUUUUGGGACCAGGCAUGCUCUCCUGCCUGCUAGACUGUGUCAGAAGUGGAGAAAACACCUUCUACGUGGAAGGGCUGGCUUUCCCUGAUGCAGGUUUCUCUGGGUUGGUUUCUAUCAGCGUCAGCUUGCUGGAGGUGCCCCAUAAGUAUUCUCCUGGGACCCCCGUUUUCACAGAUACAGUGGUUUUCCGCGUGGCGCCCUGGAUAAUGACACCCAACACCCAGCAGCCCCUGGAGGUGUUUGUCUGCAGCAUCAAGAGGGGAAUCAACUCCAAUGAAGUCUUUCUGGAGGAGCUCCAGGCCCUGCUGAGGAAAGCCAACUGCAAGAUGACCAUCUGCUCCGAGGUCGAAAGCCGCAGUGACCGCUGGAUCCAGGACGAGCUGGAGUUUGGCUACGUGGAGGCACCACACAAGUCCUUCCCUGUGGUCUUCGACUCGCCCAGGAACAGAGGCUUGAAAGACUUUGCUUUUAAGAAGAUUUUGGGCCCUGAUUUUGGCUAUGUGACCCGUGUGCCCCCUGGAUGUGACGCCUGCAGUCUUGACUCCUUUGGCAACCUGGAUGUGAGCCCUCCAGUGACAGUGCGAGGCAAAGAGUAUCCUCUGGGACGUAUCCUCAUUGGCAGCCCCCUGCCCUGGGCCUCCGGCCGUCGGAUGUCGAAAGUGGUCAGAGAUUUCCUUUACGCCCAGAAGGUGCAGGCGCCAGUGGAGGUCUACUCAGAGUGGCUGAGCGUGGGCCAUGUGGAUGAGUUCCUCACCUUUGUCCCUGCAUAUGACAGAAAGGGAUUCCGGCUCCUCUUGGCCAGCCCCACUGCCUGCUUCAAGCUCUUCCAGGAGAAGCAGAGGCAGGGACACGGCGAGGCCACACAGCUCGUGGGAAUGGUGGGCUGCGAGCGGAGGAGCAUUGAUGACAUCUUGGCAGAUGAAGGGCUGAGGAAUGACAACAAACAUGUGCAGCGCUGCAUUGAUUGGAACCGCGACCUGCUCAAGCAUGAGCUGGGCCUGAGUGAACAGGACAUCAUCGACAUCCCGCAGCUCUUCAUCCUGCGGGGUUCCCGUGCAGAAGCCCUCUUCCCAGACAUGGUGAACAUGCUGGUGCUGGGCAGACACCUGGGCAUCCCCAAGCCCUUCGGGCCACUGGUGGCCGGGCAGUGCUGCCUGGAGGAGCGGGUGCGGGCACUGCUGCAGCCCCUGGGGCUCUCCUGCACCUUCAUCAAUGAUUUCUUUUCCUACCAUGUCCUUUCUGGAGAUGUGCACUGUGGCACCAAUGUCCGCCGUAAGCCCUUGGCCGUCAAAUGGUGGCACGUGGUGCCCUAAGUGUCUAGGAGGGGUCUCUGGUCCUUCCCAGUGGGGGAUUUGGAGCAUCUCAAAAUAAAGUGUUUUGUCAAUAUGA